UUUAUCAGGUCACACAGCAUGCUCCCAUACUCAUGUAUUUUUAAAGAAUACAUAUGCACAUCAAUUUGGAAGCAUCAUAACGGUAGAUGGAAGAUUUGUUUGGCACUCACAAUCUUGGCGGUAUUCGCACCAGCAAAAUGGCGUUGACGGGCGAAGAAAUAGCCAAUUUAAAGGAUAUUUUCAAAGAAUACGACUUAGAUGGCAACGGAUGGAUAACAGCAUCGGAACUGCCUAAACUAUUGCAAGCUCUUGGUCAGAAUCCUUGUGCCGCUGAACGCAUGAGGAUAAUGAAGAAGUUCGAUGAAAAUCGGGACGGUCAUCUGGAUUUUGGAGAAUUCGUCCUGUUUUGGUCAACUUACGAAGGAAAGAAGAAACCCGAAGAAGUGGACGAAGAACUCAAAGCCGCUUUUAAUUUUUUUGACAAGGACAACAAUGGGACUAUUGACAAAUUCGAGCUAUCGAAGGUGCUGACAUCUGUCGGCCGGCCGGAAGACAGAAUGAAGCCGGCGGAAGUUGAUGAACUGUUCAGAGAAGCUGACACAGAUGGAAAUGGAAAAAUUGAAUACAAUGAGUUUUUGUAUAUCUUGUCCGGUAAGCACCUGACGGUAUACAAACCAUAAAUGUUGGCGUCGAUGAAGCCGGUCAUACAACACAUGAGCCAACCUACGUGAGAGUGGCCUAACCACGAAGAAAAAUGGAAAACAGCGAAAUCCCGUUAUGUUACACCAGUUUCGCUUCCUCAUUCCUCAAGUCUGUCGGUUAUUCUGUAUCAUCUCUGUCAGAGCUCCCGAUUUAACAAAUACACGUGAAGCUAUAAACUGGGCUGUGGAGGGAUUCAAAGAUUCAUUUAGUUUU